CUUUGGGUGAGUUGGCAGCUGCACUUCAGCUACUGGCAUUUCUUCCAGCACCUUUGAAACAAUACGUUACGGAUCUAUCGUCUUCCUUUUCUUUCUCUCUCCCCCACACACCCCCAGGAUCGUGUGCCAACUUUUCCAAGAAAAGGGAGAACUGCAAAGAUGGCAUGAUCUGAACAAAUGUUGCCGGUGGUGCCAGCCAAGAAAACUUACAUUUAUACUGAUCCAGUGAGGGGUUCGAGAUGAGAUUGGCAGGACCGAGGCGAUCUAAAUAAAAUUUCCGGGGGCUCUUUCCUGUAAAGGCCAGGAUCUGGAUCCAUCAUGUCUUUUCCUUACAAUGAUAUCAUUGAAAAUCCUGACUAUCCCGACUACCACAAUUUCGAAACGUUGGAAAUCGACAAGUUAAGACCUUCUCAAAGGAGAACUCACAAUUCAGCCAAUCCUUACGCCCCCCUUGGGGAUGACAACAAGGAAGGAGAACCAGUUCUAAUACCUCUGGAGUUAGUGCAGAGUCAAGAUGGGGCCGGAUAUCCACCAAGAGAUUAUGGGUUUGACUUGCCCCGUACAAGGCCACAUGAAAAGGCAUAUGUUAAUCCUUCCUUUGAAUAUGAACCAGAAUCUGAAGGGAUAUUACCUACCACCACCCAUGCUUUCAAUAUUCAGGAUGCAGACAGUUAUUCAGAUGCAUCAGAGAAAGUAAAUAUUAUCCAGAGGCGUGGCAGGCGACACAAUUAUGAAACUUUUGCAAGGACCAGCUCGCUUCGUUUAGACCCAGAAUAUAUAGAAGCAAAGAGGAAAGAAGAAGAAAAAUUAAUCAGCGAUAUGUCAAGCAUGUCCACGCAUCAAAGAAUCAAAGCAAUCCAGAAGAUUCCCAAAUCCAUGAAAGAAAAACGUGAGAUUAGGAACCGUGUUCUAACAGAAAGAAAAAAGAAGACGUACAACCAGGGGGCUCAACUUAACUGUUGCGCCCAAUGCUUCUACAGCACAGCUUUGUUCUUCCGGCAGCUAAAGAACGGUUUGGGUCGACUGCCUUCAGCUCUUCCAGUUUUGUUUUCUCGCAAUUCCUCAACUCAUUGGGGCCCAACCGAAUCACCUUUCCUUCACCAGUCUGGAAUUUUGACCGGAGCUGGUUAUUUUACAAACACAGUACUCUACAGCGGCUUCUAUACCAACAGUACAAUAGCAAAAAUUGAGAAUGCCUCACCGUAUUACAUGCAACUGGCUUACAUUUUCACAAUUGGGAUUUAUUUUAUCAUCUGCUUUCUGAGCUUGAUCUACAGCAUGGCAAAAUCCUUCCGUAACCACAUCGUUAUGCCUCAGAUGCACGCGGGAAACGCUGCCAAGCUGCUUUGCAUCUGGGACUUCAAUGUGAUGGAUGAGAAAGCUGUGCAGAUGAAUCAGAAAAACAUCCGCACGCAGAUCAAGGAGACUCUUUCUGAAAUGCACAUUGAAUCUCUGAAGCUGACCCCACAACAAAGGAUUCAGCGCCUCUUGAUUCAUCUGGCCAUGUGGUUCCUCGCGUUGGGCUUCGCGGUGGCUUCCUGCGCUGGCAUUUACUUCUUUUCCCUCGUCAAUUUAGAGUUAUUUCUGAGUGAGGAAAAUACAAAGCUGCAGAAUGAAGCUACCAUGCUGAUCUUGCCCAUUGUGGUGAGCCUCCUUAACCACGUGGUGCCGUUCCUGUACUCCUUCUCCAGCUUAGUUUGA